UCGAUCAUUUCUCAACACAACAGAUUCCAAAGUCAGAGCUAGAGCAGUUUACAAGCUUCAAUUAGCACUAACUAAGCUUAGUUCUUAUUGGAACGUCUAGUGAACGCGUCGAACUUCCGCGUGCCUGCAAUGAGGGCUUGAGAACAUAACAAAUUUGAAAAGUUGUGUCGGAACUAAAGUUAWACUUGUGAUAUACCGACUUGCACAGGAGUGAAUAUGCCAUAAAUGCUAAUAAAAUUAAGUAAUUGCAGACAAUAAGAGCAGUGGCGCGUUUAAAWAUCUCCUUUAAGUGUGAACUCACGUUUUAUUAACAAGAAUCGAGAUAUAUGCACAUAUACAUACAUACAUACAGACACUCGUAUGCGCUUGUCUCAUAAAUUUCGAGGAAAACGAAUAAGUGAAAUACAACAAAGAAAAAUGCAUUACAGCAACAUUUUUGGGCUGCUUUUAGUCGCCACUUUGCUGCAGGCGGCGAGCGGACAAUUUUAUUAUUCCUGUUUGACACCUUAUAACACAUACGGACGCUGUUUGCCGAUCAAAAGAUGUGGCUUCUUCCAGAAACUCUUCGCGCAGUACGGGCUCUCAUUGCCACAAAACUAUGCAGCGGAAUUACUAAGGGCACGUUGUCAGGGUGGACCGGAGAUACAUAUCUGUUGCGAUGACAAUCUCACGCCUCCAACCCAGCCUACGCCAACAAAUGGCGACGGCUCCACAAACAAUGCUGGGUCAAUGGAUCCAGYAGGCUUAAAUAAAUUGCGUGAACAAAAAUGUGGCAACGCGGGCGGUGAGCGGGUAUCUCACGGCGAAGAUGUCGAUCUGUAUGAAUUCCCGUGGAUGGCGCUUCUGAUUUAUGACUCCCCUCAGGACCCGUACAAAUGUGGUGGAUCAUUAAUAACAGAUAACUUCGUUUUGACUGCUGCGCAUUGCAUGGUGGGCGUGCCAGGUAGAAUAAUUGGUGUUCGUUUGGGAGAGCAUGAUUUAUCAAAAGCUGAGGACUGCAUUGUAGUGAAAUCACGGCGACUUUGCGCGCCGCCAGUGGAAGAUGUCGGUGUUGAAAGGACAAUUCCCCAUCCGGAGUUCAACAAUGCACGCAAAACCAAUGAUGUCGCUUUGGUCAAACUGAACCGUUCGGUGCAAUUUCAAAGACACAUCAAACCCAUUUGCUUGCCCAUMAUWCCCGAAGCMGCGGAAAUACCUUUGGAUAAACGYUUUUUCAUAGCGGGUUGGGGUGGCACAGAGAACASCAGGACGUCCAACAUCAUGCAAAAGGCUUUGGUGCCGUUUAGAACUCGCAGCGAAUGCCARAACAUCUUUCGACGAACGCCCAUCAAUGAAAAUCAUCUCUGCGCCGGUGGCGAUGGACGCAUCGACACUUGCAAAGGUGACUCUGGCGGGCCACUCUUUUAUUUAGCGCCGUAUAGCGGACCGCUGAAAUCCCUACGCUAUGUCCAAUACGGCAUUGUAUCCUUCGGUGGCACGGAGUGUGGCGGCGACAGAAACUCCCCGGGUAUUUAUGCAAAUGUGGCACACUUUUUGCCGUGGAUAACCAGAAAUAUUGCUCAACAUUAAUAUUAGUUGCGCAUAUGUUUAGACUUGUAUUAUCUUCAGAAAGCAAUACUUUUUAGCCAUAUUUUUCAUUCUAAUUUAUAUAAUACCUAUUUAUAUAUUAUACUUUGUGUGAAUAUAAAAACUUAAUGAGAUUAGGUUACAUAAAAAUGAAGUGCCUUAAAAUUAGCUCCACGUUGGAGCUACAAAAAAAUAAACAAGACUUAGUUUU